AUGAGCUUGCUGCCACCAGACCAGCGCCAAUCGUUGCACAAAUGUCUGCUGAGCUACGUGCAAAGCCAAAUUCCGCGGUCAGAUGAGGCCUUGCCUACUUCUGUUAAUGCUGACGACGUGAUUGCUAUAUUAGCACGGUGGCUCGAGAUCGACUCUCCCGAUGGUGCGAACCCUUCAAAAACCAGCGACGGGUCUCUUUUGCCGCGCAAAUGGACGUCGAUCGUGCGACUUCAACGCCGGAUUAUCGAGUUGGAGAGAAGCAUCCAGGAACUGUCAGAAGAGAACAGGACGCUUUUGGAGAAUGGCCCCGCUUCGGUUGCCACUACAUCAUCUUUGAAAUGGAUUCCCAGGGAACGGAGUAACUUUAAUAUCAACUGUGGCUCAUCGGUCACCAGCGCUAAACUACACCCCGAGUUACCACUUAUAUUUGUUGCAACCGAUGCAGGCUUACUACAGUGUUACGACUUGAUGAACUACUCGAUACCCGUAGCCUCAAUACAGGCUCACAUGCGAGGAAUAGUCUCGAUUGAUGUGAUUUCAGUCCAAGAAUCCGAAUGCUUUGUAGUGACAGCUUCCAAGGAUCUUCACUGCAAAGUAUUCCGUCUAAUAGAUUCACAAUUACAAUUAAUCCGAACAUUGUCAGGUCAUGAACAUGUUGUGUCGCAAGUCAAGAUUUGGAGGCAUGGAACUGAUGUGCUUGCAGCAAGCUGCUCGCGAGAUCUGACUUGUAAAAUCUGGAAUAUUUCAAACGGCUGGUGUCUAAAAUCUUUUCAGCCUCAUACAGAAUGGAUACGAUCCAUUGAUAUCACUGGUGAAUAUGCUAUAACGGGUUCAAAUGAUUGUUCUAUAAGAUUAUCACAUUGGCCCACUGGAAGGGGCUUGUCGUUUGGCGUUGGCCACGAGUUUCCAAUAGAAAGGGUGAAAAUUAUACCGUUAUUGGAUCCAAAAGAAGCUUUAGAAGGGGCACAGAAUCCUUACAAUGCUUUCAGCCAGGAUUAUAGUGAAUUAGGAUUCUCUCAUGUCGUUUCUACAUCCAGAGACAACACCAUUCGUAUCUGGCAAGUACCACUGCCAAAGUUCGUGGCUCACAGACCCCCACAACCUAAUACCUCUAGACAGCAUUUUACUUUGGUGACUGUUCUGAAAGGGCAUACGUCGUGGGUGCGGGACGUCUGCAUCAGAGGAAGUUUCUUGAUAAGUUGUAGUGACGACAGAACUAUACGAGUAUGGGACCUCAACACCACUAAUGUCGUUCGUAUAAUAGACAAGGCCCAAGAAGGCUUUGUCAACUGCAUCUACGCCGAUUCAAACGGGCUCAAUAGACAAAUACUAAUAUCGGGUGGCGCCGAAGGAAAAUUGAAAGUCUUUAUUAAGUAA